CGUGUUACUAUUUGGUCGGUGCUAUAAAUCCAGGACGCAGCGCUCCUCUCACAGCGAGCAGAGCAAAGUCAAAGCAAACAGGUGCGCGCUUCAUCCCCCGGAUACCUGCCGUGUUUGAUCCAACAACUGCAGCAAAAUGCCAAAGUGCCCCAAGUGCCAGAAGGAAGUUUACUUCGCUGAGAGGGUGACAUCGCUGGGAAAGGACUGGCACAGGCCAUGUCUGAAGUGUGAGAAGUGCAACAAGACGCUGUCGGCGGGCUCCCACGCAGAGCAUGAAGGCAAGCCGUACUGUCACAACCCUUGCUACGGUGCAAUGUUUGGCCCUAAAGGAUUUGGUCGUGGUGGAGCAGAAAGCCACUCCUUUAAUUAGACAGGUCUGAAGUUGCCUGGAAACUGGAUUAAAGAAGCCAGCAAUGCUCCCAAAGCUCCAAUAAAAAGGGCAAACAAACUUUGCUCUCAUUCAGAUUUCAUUGUUGUUUUCUGAAGAUGUUUGGGUAUCAUUUUCAUGACACAGUAAUUAAGUGGUUGACUUAUUCUGAUCUUAAGGACAUUCUGAAUAAACUUUUUUUAAAUUUG